CUCCGCAAAGCACGACGGGAACACGUGCGGUCAACAUGGCGGCGCCCUUCAGUAGACUUUGUCGACCAUUGUGGAGAAUAACAACUACAAGUACAUUAAACAAAGGCGUGCGAAAUGUUUCGUCCUCUAGGCAACAGUGGUCUGCGCAAAAUGUCAAAACUGCGGGUGCUGCGUCUCCGUGGGCGCUGAAUGGAGCUGUAUGUCUGCAGCGGCUACCUGUGGUCUCUGAAGACGGGAGCCCCAUAGAGGAAGAGUUCAUGGAGCUAAUGCACCUGAUGGAGUUCGAGAGAAGUCUGCUCUCGGACCACGAGCUGAGGCUACUGGAGGAUGCUGCACGGAUGAGCCGGAAACAAGAAGGGGAUUAUGAUUCAGAUGAGGAGGAUUAUAGGGACAACGAAAUUGUUACAGCUCAAGAUCUGGAAGAUAUUUGGGAACAGAAACCGAAGCAAUUUCAACCAGCUCCGAGGUCACAAGGUGUUGACGAGAAAGACAUGAGUUCUUCAGAGCGUUGUUUAGCAGACAGCCUGAUCUUGUUGGUGAAGAAGGAUGUUGGCAGUCAAAAGCUUUGGCUCCUGCCUCAGAUACAGUGGCAGACGGGAGAGACACUUCGACAGACGGCCGAACGUGCCCUUGCAAGUCUUCCAGUAGGUGCUGAUAAAAAGGCCACUUUCCUUGGCAAUGCACCCUGUGGAUAUUACAAAUAUAAAUACCCAAAGGUCAUUCAGAAAGAGGGCAGUGUUGGAGCCAAGGUGUUCUUCUUCAAAGCUGUGCUGUCCAGCCAUAAGCACUUACCCCUAGAGAAGAAUUCAUUUGCUUGGGUAAAAAAGGAGGAACUCCAGGACUUCCUGAAGCCAGAGUACCUGAAACAAGUCAGACGCUUCAUUAUGGCUCUGUAAUAUGGGAAGACAUGGACAUGAUGGAGAAUAUGUUGGAAAGCAGAGCACAGGUUUAUGCUUUUCAUAUUUUUUUGGACUAUGAUUCCAUGAGUUUGGACCCUAUUCCACCAGAUGACCGCAACAAUCAAUAUGAGUGAUGUUCAGAUUGUCUUAUAGAUGUUAUACAGUAUGUUCCAUACACUAUAUUGUCACCUGCUGACGAGUAUUUAUAUAUGUAUUUAUCCUGCUUGUAAAUGAAAACUUCUAUGACAAUGUAUGCAAUAUUAAAAAGGUCCAGUUUUUGACUUUAU